AUGGCGUCGGAGCAAGCGUUGCCCACCCGCCAGCGUCGCCCCUCCACCUCUGCUCCCGUCGUCGAUAUCCAAGGUUCCGUCGGGCCCGCCGGCAUCUCGCGCCCCAAGCACAAGAGAACCUUUACCGGCUUUGGUGCUGGCGAGAUCAAAGCUUCCAUCCCGGAGCCCCAGCGUGCAGCUUGGGAGAAGUACGCCGUCAAGAGUUUCGAGGGCCAGGAAGGCUUUGAGCGUGAAGUCGUCCGCCAUGUUGAGACCACCCUAGCUCGAAGCUUGUUCAACUGCGACGAGAAGGCCGCCUAUGCCGCCACCAGCUUAGCCUUCCGCGAUCGCCUCAUCACCGAUUGGAACAAGACCCAGCAGCAGCACACCUACAGAGAUGCCAAACGCGUCUACUACCUUAGUCUUGAAUUCCUCAUGGGCCGUGCCCUUGACAAUGCCAUGCUCAACGUUGGCCUCAAAGACACUGCUAAAGCUGGUCUUGCCGAUCUCGGAUUCAGAAUUGAGGACAUCAUUACUCAAGAAAACGACGCUGCCCUUGGCAACGGUGGCCUCGGCCGUCUCGCCGCCUGCUUCCUCGACAGCUUGGCCUCGCUCGACUAUCCCGCCUGGGGCUACGGUCUUCGCUACCGCUAUGGCAUCUUCAAGCAGGAAAUCAUCGAUGGCUACCAAGUUGAAGUUCCCGACUACUGGUUGGACUUUAACCCCUGGGAGUUUCCUCGCCACGAUGUAACGGUCGACAUUCAAUUCUACGGCAACGUCCAAAAAUCGGCCGAUGCCAACGGCAAAACCAUCUCCGUCUGGGAUGGUGGUGAGGUCGUUCAGGCCGUUGCGUACGAUGUUCCCAUUCCAGGGUACGCCACGCCAACCACGAACAACCUGCGUCUGUGGUCCAGUAAGGCCUCUGGUGGCGAGUUUGACUUUCAAAAGUUCAACAAUGGCGAUUACGAAAGCUCCGUUGCCGAUCAGCAGCGCGCAGAGACCAUCAGCGCCGUGCUUUAUCCCAACGACAACCUUGAGCGAGGCAAGGAGCUGCGUCUGAAGCAGCAGUACUUCUGGGUUGCCGCCUCGCUCUAUGACAUUGUUCGACGCUUCAAAAAGUCGAAGCGUGCAUGGAGCGAGUUCCCAGAGCAGGUUGCCAUCCAACUGAAUGAUACUCAUCCCACGCUUGCUAUUGUUGAGCUUCAACGCAUUCUCAUUGACGUUGAAGGCCUUGACUGGGAUCAGGCCUGGGCCAUUGUUACCAACACUUUUGGCUAUACCAACCACACAGUCCUUCCCGAGGCCCUCGAGAAGUGGCCUGUCAGCCUUUUGCAGAACCUUUUGCCCAGACACUUGCAAAUAAUUUUCGACAUCAACCUAUUCUUCCUGCAACAGGUAGAGAAGAAGUUCCCGGAUGACCGCGAUAUGCUUCGUCGCGUGUCCAUUGUCGAGGAGUCGCAGCCCAAGAUGAUUCGCAUGGCUUACCUUGCCAUUGUUGGCUCCCACAAGGUCAAUGGUGUAGCCGAGCUUCACUCCGAUUUGAUUCAAACGACCAUUUUCAAGGACUUUGUCGCCAUCUACGGCCCAGACAAGUUUACCAACGUCACCAACGGUGUGACCCCCCGCAGAUGGCUCCAUCAAGCCAACCCUCGCCUGUCGGAGCUGAUUGCCAGCAAGUGUGGUGGCAACGAGUUCCUCACCGAUCUGACCAACUUGAGUAAGCUGGAGCAAUUCGUUGGAGAUAAGGACUUCCGCAAGGAGUGGGCCGAGAUCAAGUACGCCAACAAGGUCCGCCUAGCCAAGCACAUCAAGAGCACCCUGGGCGUCACUGUGAACCCCGCGGCGCUGUUUGACAUUCAAGUGAAGCGUAUCCACGAGUACAAACGCCAGCAGAUGAACAUUUUUGGUGUCAUCCACCGUUACCUGACGCUCAAGAAGAUGUCCCCUGAGGAACGCAAGAAACAGCUUCCUCGCGUGUCCAUCUUUGGCGGCAAGGCUGCUCCCGGAUACUGGAUGGCCAAGCAAAUCAUUCACCUCAUCAACUCUGUCGGGUCGGUGGUAAAUAAUGAUGCAGACAUUGGCGACCUGUUGAAGGUCAUCUUCUUGGAAGACUACAACGUCAGCAAGGCGGAGAUCAUCUGCCCUGCCUCGGACAUUAGCGAGCACAUUUCAACAGCAGGAACCGAGGCUUCGGGCACCAGUAACAUGAAGUUUGUUCUCAACGGCGGUCUCAUCAUUGGUACGUGCGACGGAGCCAAUAUUGAAAUCACGAGAGAAGUUGGCGAGAACAACAUUUUCCUGUUUGGUAACCUGUCGGAGGAUGUGGAAGACCUGCGCCAUGCGCACACGUAUGGCUCUCACACAAUCGACUCUGAUCUGGAUGCCGUGUUCAAGGAGAUCGAAAAGGGUACAUUUGGAACACCACACGAUUUCGGGGCGCUGGUUGCUGCCGUCCGCCAGCAUGGUGAUUACUACCUGGUGUCGGAUGAUUUCCACAGCUACAUUGAGACGCAUCGACUUGUGGAUGAGGCGUAUCGCAACCAGGACGAAUGGGUUUCGAAGUGUAUCACGGCGGUUGCCCGCAUGGGUUUCUUCAGCAGUGAUCGCUGCAUCAACGAGUACGCGGAGAGCAUCUGGAAUGUCGAGCCACUGCCCAUCAAGGAGUAA